AUGUUUUAUGAAUAUGACUUAAUCAUUAUCGGAGCUGGACCAGCUGGAUUAACUGCUGCUAUUUAUGCUCGAAGAGCUCUACUCAAAACCUUAAUUUUAGAAAAAACUUUACCAGGUGGGAAAUUAAACAAAACUGAAGAUGUAGAUAAUUAUCCAGGCUUUACUUCAAUUAAAGGCCCAGAACUAGCAACAAAAAUGACUGAACAUGCUAAAUAUUAUGAGAUCGACUGGGAACAAGGAGAAGUAACAAAAGUGGAAAAAAAAAACAAAAGGUUUAUCGUAAAAACAAACGAAGCAAACAUUUUCAAUAGCAAGGCAAUUAUUAUUGCUUCGGGAGCAAUUGAAAACAAGUUAAAGAUCAAAGGAGAAGAAGAACUAACUAACCUAGGUGUUUCUUAUUGUGCUAUCUGUGACGGUUUUCUCUUUCGAGAAAAAGUUGUAGUGGUAGUUGGCGGAGGAUAUUCAGCUCUAGAAACAGUUUUAUAUAUGAGUAAUAUAGCUAGUAAAGUUUAUUUAGUUCACCGACGCACUGAUUUUCGUGCUGGAAAAGAAAUAGUAGAAAAAGUUAAAAACAAUUCAAAAAUAGUUAUCUUUUCAAACUCGAUUUUAGAUGAAAUUGUAGGAAAUCAAAAAGUAGAAAAAGUAAUUAUCAGCAAUUUAAUUAGUAAUGAAAUAAGUGAAUUAUCAACUGACGCGGUUUUUCCUUGCAUCGGCCUUUCACCUCUAAGUAAUUUCACCCAUGAACUAGGCAUUUGUGACCAACAAAAUUACAUUUUCAUCAGAGACGAUUGUUCCACUUUAGUUCCUGGUUUGUUUGCAGCAGGCGAUGUAGCUCGAAAUAAUGAAAAUAAAAUUAAACAAAUUGUCACUGCUACUGCCGAAGGAGCUAUUGCUGCCCAAUCAGUAAUCAAAUACUUAGAAAAUUUUUAA